GGUAUCCCCUGGAACAUCGGGAGCAAAUCCAGGACAGUUGCAGAAUGCAUCCUGGCCCCAGACGGACAGCCAUUAUGGCGGAUCAGAUAUGGAUUACUGGGUUCAGAUAGCAGAAUGCUCUGGACUCUUGGACCCGGUUGGAUCUGAAUUGCAAGGGGAGCAGGCAGGUGCUGAUGGUGAGACUAUCACGGUCCUGGACGAUCCCUAUGAUGGGCCGUUCGUCAGCGUCACGGACAGAGAUUCGCGCUCGCCCAAACGCCAAUGUCGCCCAGGAGGCUCUCGGACGAACUCGGACACUUCCGGCCAGACGCCACCAUCCUUUGGAAUCCACAGCGCGACCGACCAUGACGGGAAACACGAAACUUUAGAGAAUGAGCUCACGGCGCAGCUAGCAAGUCGGCUGGGGCAGUUACAGUUUGCAGAAGACGGCCAAUUACGCUAUUACGGCGCGACGAGCAACUUGCACAUGAUCAACCAUGGACUGCUUUCCCUAUUCGAGCCAUCCAUCUGCACAAUCCGCACGGAUGGCGACAUGGCGCUACGCCAGCGCGGCCUUGAAUGGGCUGGCGACGCUGCUUAUGAGGAGCACCUGACAAACCUCUAUUUUGCAUGGCAUAACCCACUAUUGAUCGAGAUUGACAGGGAGAUUUAUAUGAGGGAGAAGAAAGUGUACGAAGCUGGGCAUGAUACGCCGUACUAUUCACCAACGCUGGCCAUGGCUAUACUGGCAGUUGGCGCAGCAUAUUCGUCACGCCAGCACCCGGGGAAUCACGACGAUGCCGCAGAGUUCUUUGGCUCCCGUGCAAAAGCUCUGCUGGAGAUCGAGAUCGACAGCCCUACUCUAGCUACCGCACAGGCGCUACUCAUCUUGUCCGCACAUGAAGGUGCUAGAGCCCGUGAUUCCAGAGGCUGGAUAUAUACUGGUAUGGCAGUGCAAGUUCUCACCGACUUGGGAUUGCACCUCAACCUCGAGCAUGAGCAGGUAGAGCUGAAUUCUACCAACACGACUGGGGAUAUUGCUGAGCUGCGGAGGAACAUAUUCUGGGCCACAUACUCGGCAACCACGCUAUGGAGUUCGUACAGCGGGCGUCCGUUCCCCAUGAACAACACUCAACAUAACAUUCCCGAACCUCUACCUCCCACUCGCUAUAAAUGGGAAUACUACGUCGACCGCGCGGAGCAACCACCGCUCCCUCCCGGAUUAGAUCUGAGCGCCGCGAACAUCGUGCCGAUGUAUAUCACGCGCUUGGCGAUCAAGAUGGGCAAGAUCUCGAGCACUCUCUACACGGGCCUACCGGAAUCGCUGACAGGCGCACACUUGUUUUACGUCGCAAUUGAUGCGGAGCUCAAGCAGUGGAAGGACUCGCUUCCACACUCGCUGCAUGUUGAUACAAGCCAAGACUGGCGCUCGAACGAGGGAAAACUCUACCUUCCGAUGGUGCUACAGCUUCACAUGCAAUACCACGAAGCCAUGAUCCUUCUGCAUCGGCCCUUCAUCACCAAAAUCCGCAGCUCCCCUGGCUCACCCACACCCACACCAGGAACCCUAGACGCCGCAUCCGCAUGCACGCACUCGGCGUCCGAGAUCUCGCGGCUCUUGGUCCUCUAUCGACGCCAAUGGGGCCUGCAGCAGAUCAACAUCCAAGCCGUGCACGUCGUGAUGACUGCCGGGAUCAUCCACGCUCACGACUGCUGCGUGUACUCGGGGACAUUGGCGCGUACCGCCCGCGAUGGCCUCCACGUCUGCUUGCAGGCACUGGGCGAGAUGGGCCAGACGUUCCACAGUGGUAAUCGGGGACUGCAGGUCGUUAUGAGCUUGCUGCGCGACUGGCAGAAUCAGACUUUUGCGGUGAGGAAGAGGGGGUCGAGCUUUCAUGGCCAUGGCCCUGCUGGCCCUGCUGCUUCGAGUACGGUGGCAGCGUAAGUACAGUAAUCACUGGAGGAGUGCAAUUACCUACGCUCUGCCUUGGGCUUUUGUUCUGCAUUCUAGCGCCUGAGCAGUCAGCUAGUACCGUUGCGAAGUACCUAGGUAAUUAAUUGAUGCUGUUCCUGAACCUAGUAGGUGAGUGGGACAACCAACAUACAAGACCGUUGGUUUUUUACAUAUAAAGGCUGCACAUCAUGUAUACUUAGGUACCUAAAUGACAGU